GUGAUGGAACAAAGCAUUUGACCCGGAACCUUCCAGGAAUGGCCUCAUGUCCUGUUGAGCAACUUUCCGGAGCCACUGUGUCAGGGUGGUGCCUUAUAACUGACGCAGGAGCCCACAGGGGCAGUUGGAGCUGGAAUCCCUGAAGGAUGAUGCUUUGGGGGCUACUGUGGACGCUGUUUUUUUCAGGACUCCAAGCUGCUGCUCAGUCAAAAGAGGAAAAGUAUGUCCUACAAGAGGGGGAGACCCUGACAGUGGACUGUCCCUCCAACAUGAAGUAUGCCUACAACCGGAAGGCUUGGCAGAGGUUGAGGAAUGGGGAGGAGCCCCAGACACUGGCUGUCACAGAAAGAUCUCAGGGGACACUCAAUCAAAUCCAGGUGGGGAGGUACCUUCUCAGAGAUGACCCUCCGGAGUCCAUGUUUCAGGUCCGAAUGAUCAACCUUCAAGUGGAGGACUCAGGACUGUAUCGGUGUGUGGUCUACUUUCCUCCUCCCAAGGAGCCUGUCCUCCUGUUCCAUCCUGUCCGCCUGGUGGUGACCGCUGAUCCUUCAACUAAGCGUACCUCUGACAAGAAUUCUACCCCUAAAUUGGCUCCUACUACCAUCCGUCCUACCACCCUUCCUACCACGAAGACCCUGAGAACGUUCUAUACCAGCUCCAGAACUGUGGUCCAAUCCCUACCCAUGCCAACAGCUGUCAUCCCUCCGAACACCACAGUCAACCACACAGAUGCCAUCAGGCUCUCUGUGUUCAGCAUUGUCGCUCCUGUGGCCUGUGGAAUCCUCAUUAAGAGCCUGGUCUUCACUGUCCUGUUUGUUGUCACUCAGAGGUCAUUUGGACUCUAGAUCCAGGAACCCACGACAGUGACCCUGACCUCCAUCCAUGUCUACCUGGCAGGUGUUGGAAGCCGAGUGGAGAGGGACCUGAAUUGAAUCUGUGCCCACAGGUGAUUCCUAGGCCAGGAUUGCCCACUCCCUGGCCCUGUCCACACACAUCACCCUCAGAAGAGAAGAUGUGGCUCCCGGCAGGACCCAGCUCUCCAUUCCAUCUGCAGCUUGGCGUGAGAUCAAGACAGAGUCCAGUGCUUUCCACUGUCCCUCUCCUGUGGGGUUGUGAGGCUGAGUGGGCACAGCUGAUCUUGCUGCCCCACGUCCUUUCCCUGGACUACACAAUUUAGGCCACAUGGACAGAACUUAGAAGUGUCCUCCUUCCCCCGCCACUGGAGCGAGCCUCCCUCUCUCGAGAAUCCGAUGCCUGUUUUUUCCUUUCAUCGUGAUUGUCCCAACAUUCCUACCCAUGCAACGAGGAGAAGAGAAGAGGCCAUGGUGGGAAUUAAGUAACUGGGAAUGAGAAAGUGACGCUGACGGCUCGUCCCGGGAAAGCACAGGAGACAAGAUGGGCGUGUAGGGCGAUGGGUGGAUGGAACCCGCCUUGCCGGGUGCACUUUGCCUCUGGACCCUGAAGCUAACCCAUGAAGGUGGAGGUGUAUGUGACCAAGGCGAGGCCACGCGAGUCCCACCUACUGGCAGGAAGGAAAACCAACUCUUUUGCCGAGGGGAUCCAUAGCCACGUGGAGAGCAAGGAGUUCUGCCUCUCGUCCUUGAAUCACAUGAGGGGCAGGCAUGGCAGGGUGACAGUAGCCCACCACUGAGGCUCUGGAGGCUGUCCCUUGUGGGCCCCUUACCUCUCACUCACCAUCCUCCUCCAUUUGGUCUCCCCUGACGGCUCCCAUGCUGUCUCUGGGACCCUCCCACUGGGCCCCAUGAAAUAGGUAUGCAGGCCACCCGCGUGUGUCCCCCAGCCUCAUACCAGGACUUCCUAUCUCCUACCUUUGGGUUCUAAAGCAAAAGGGUCCUUCCAAUUCAGCAAUGGUCAAGGUCAUUGUCAUCCUAAAGCCUCCAAGAGCGAACACACCUUGCCACGUAGCAUCUGUCUCACGCCAGAAAAAUAUAUUCCUAUAACCUCCAAGACUUUCCCCUCCUCCUGUGGGGGAAAAAAUACCUAGUUCUCUGGUGCAUCCUUCCAUCCCAUGAGGGCCUCCUUCUAAUGAAUAUCACUCUGUCUGGACCCACCCAGGGAUGGCACUGACCUCAGAGAUGAUUUCUGAUCACCGUUUUGAGUCCAUUUGAAGGGGUGUGAGUGGAAUUCAGUUCGUCCUGGAGCUCUGGCCAGUCUGCAGAGAAGGACUUAUCCAGAAGCUGAGCAUCUCAGCUCCUUCCCUGUCUUGGACUGAGCAGCUCAGAUGCAGCGACUGAGGUGGCUGGUCUGGGACCUGCAUUUUAGCAGUUUCGAUGUCGCUCCAGUUUAUGAAGGUGACAAAAAAAACCAGGUCGGGGUCGGGGGGACACUGUAAUUAGAUGCUGUCCAGAAAAGGCAGGACACACUGGAGCAGUGUUUCCCAAAUGGCAUCCCUUAGAACACCUGCAUUGCAUUAUCUGGAAGCAUAAGACACAUGUUCAGCUUCCAGGGCUCCUGCGGACUUGUUGCAUCAUAGCAUACAGUUCUCUUCAUGCUUCUCAGGUUUGUUUCAAAGAAAUCAUAAUGCUGUCUGUUAAACACCAUGACAUCCAGUUGCAUGGCUUGGUGAGUCAUUGAAUUACAGGUUAAGUUGUAUUUAAGUCCAAUAAAUGACAUUUGCCUAGAAA